UUUAUAGACUCGAAUUGAAACGGAGACAUGGUAAUUUUUUAUAAACCCCUACUCCUCAUUUUACUGGCCAGCAUUGCCUGCCUGCAUGCCGAUGAAAAUGUCAAAGCCAUCGAAAGUGACCCAAAGCAAACGGCUGAAUUGGAGGAAUUAAAAGUGCAACAAAAUGAUGUGGGUGAUACGGAAUACACCUUUCGGUGUACAGUGGGUCAAAAGAAAACCGUUCGUGUCGGCUGUACUGGAAAAGAUCGAAGCUAUUGGCCCACGCCUCACGAUGUUAACCUGACCUUAAGAUGUCCACCCAAUGGAGGAGGACCAUCUUUGGCCUUUGUCGAGGUGAUUUUCACUGUAACAACACGUAAUGUAAAUUGUGUUGUUGCCGCUGGAGGUAUUGGCCAGAGUUACAUACAAAUACGUUUGGAUGUUUACGGCACAAAGACAUUGGAUUACAUAGCGGAAUUUUAUAUUUUUUAAAUUAAAUUUUUAAGGUGAAAUUAAGAAUUGAAUUUUUCUAAGGUUUCAAAAA